AUGUCUCUCCCACUCCUCCCAAAGCGCGGUCUCAGCCCUCGCGAAGUCACCGCUCUCCUCGUCAUGGUCGCAUCCCAACUCAUCAUCGGCGUCAUGAUGCUGCAGAUGAUGAUGGCCAAUCAAGGUGUUAACAAUGUUGGUUUCACCGAAGUUCUUCGUACCGUUCCACCCCCUUUCGAAGGUGCACAUUGCGAGGCUCAGAUGAAUGACAAGAACGGAAUGAACCUCAGUGGAAAUGUCGACUGUAGCAACUUUAAAAAAGACGAAAUGAUGAAGCCUUUCAAGAUGGGUCCAGGAAUCGAUGUUUCGGAGUAUUUGCUGAGAACUAAAAUCGACAUCGGUAAUCGGAUGACAUGUCAUCGAACUUUUGUGAUGGAGAAAAAGAGUUCUCUGAUUAAAGGGCUUUGGGAAGUUAUCGAGGGUAUCUACGCACUUGAGGAAAUGGCUGCGGUUUCUAAGAGUGACGAUAGCUCUGCUCGAAAUUCUGGCGCUCAGCGCGUUUUUCGAAAGGGAGAGGCGGCUACAGAUGGUGUCAAGGAAGAUUGGGAGGUCGUCAAAUUUGCGCAAUAUCCUGCACAUCCCGCUGCAGAAAACAAUCAAUUCCGCGCCGAGAUCUCAUACAUGGAGGAUCGAGUUACCAGGUUCCGCAAGUCGGUGGAGGAAAUCAUGGAGAAGAAUGAUGUGGAGGGAGUUUUGAAUAUGGUUCGGAAGAGUUUGAAGGGGUUUGGAUCGAAUGAACAAUUUAUGCAAGGGGAGAAGAGUGAUGGAAAUUCUGAGGAGAAAAUGAAGAUUGCUCAGAAGAGUAAAGAUAAAGUUAAUCGCGCAUUGUCCGGUCUGUGGGAGAUUUUUCAAGACAUGGAUGAGGAGAUGAAGGAUACUGAGCGCUGGUUGAGAGAUACAGAGGCGGCUUUAAAAGACGUUGUACAUGAGUUUAAGAUGGAGUGGAAGAUUUGA